AUGGGUUGUUGUGUUUCAGUUAAAACAUUAGAUCAAGAUAAAAUCCAUUCAUCAAUAAUUCUUCAAGCAAAAGGUGAAACUUACCGAUAUCAUGGAACAACAGAACUCGGUCAAUUUCAAACAAUGGGUAAUGCAGAAAUAAUUUUAACAGAAGAUGGUAUUUAUUCUCAAGUUAUUGGUGUUGCUUGUUGUGGCGAUCGAGGUUAUUUACAUAUACCUCUACUUGCUAUCACAAAUAUUCGUGAACAAGAUUGGUUUAAUGGUUUAUAUCGACUUGAUCGCCCACAUUUAAUAAUAACUUAUAAAGUUCCUAAUAAAGGUGAAUAUCAAGCUGGUUGGCAAAUGAAUCAAGCUGGUUAUGAACAAUGGAAAACAUCUAUCGAAAGAAUUCUUGAAGAAAAAUAUAUGCUUAAAUUACAAUAA